UAUUUCUGUUCUGGACCUUGGAGUCCAGUUCUUAGCCCCGGUCCUGACACCUCUUUGCUGGAUUUAAUUUUGCUGGAUUUUUCUUUCUAUCAUUCAUCCACUUCAGGACUUUUAUAUUUGUCAUUGUUCAUUUGGCAACUGUUUGAUUAGUCCUGGGGAUUACUUGGUUGACUCCAGAUCAGAACAGGAUUUCUGAACCCUAUGAAUGACACGGUGCACACCUUAGCAUUUCCAGGCAGAAAAGCACAGUGGACAGUGAGUUAGGAGGCACCAUGAUGGCUUUACCUUUCUACCAGAAACAUCACCAACACUAUGACCGUGCGUACCGCCACAAAGAGCUGCAAUCCACUCUGAGCCAGUACCAAAAGGAGGAGAAGCGUAAAUCGGCUGUCUACAGUCAUGGGUCUACAGCCUACACUCGUGGAUCUGCCGCCUACCGCCAUGGGUCUGCAGCAGCUUACGGUCACGAGUCUGCAGCCUACAGUCAUGGAUCUGCAGCCUAUGAUCAUGAAUCUGCAGCUCAGAGUAGGAGGUCUGCUGCCUACAGUCUUGGAUCAGAAUCCCUCAGUAAGAUGUCUUCAGCCUAUGAUCAUGAAUCUGCAGCUCAGAGUAGGAGGUCUGCUGCCUACAGUCUUGGAUCAGAAUCUCUCAGUAAGAUGUCUUCAGCCUAUGAUCAUGAAUCUGCAGCUCAGAGUAGGAGGUCUGCUGCCUACAGUCUUGGAUCUGAAGCCUACAGUCACGGACUAAAAGAUUCCAAUAUAAUGAUAGAAGAUCGAUCCUAUAAAUUGAGUCCCAAAGCAAAGAGGGCAAAGCAGAGUUUAUUCUCUGAGGAGAAAGAAAAUAAAGCCAUUGACUAUGUAGUACCAGUGUUCACAGGACGUCAAGUGUAUGUCAGCGGAAUUACAGAUACAGAAGAGGAAAGAAUUAAGGAGAGUGCUGCAUACAUUGCCAGAAGGAACCUCUUUGCUACAGGCGAAGGAAUUAGUGCAACUAGAGUGGCCACUUCAUCCUCUACAGAAGAGCAGCAUGAAAAGAAGUCAAGGAAAGUAGCGAUACGAGAGUCAGCUGAACGUCUGGCCCUGAAGAAAACGUUAGAAGAGACUGAGGAAUUUCACAGAAAGCUGAAUGAAGAUAAACUUUUACAUGCUCCUGAGUUUGUUAUCAAGCCUCGUUCCCAUACUGUCUGGGAGAAACAGAAUGUCAAAUUACAUUGUACUGUGACUGGCUGGCCAGAACCCCGUCUUACAUGGUACAAAAACAAUGUGCCCAUCAAUGUGCAUACUCACCCUGGCAAGUAUUUCAUUGAAAGUCGAUAUGGGAUGCACUCACUGGAGAUUAACAAAUGUGAUUUUGAAGACACCGCUCAGUAUCGAGCUUCUGCUAUGAAUGUUAAAGGAGAACUUUCAGCUUAUGCUUCCCUUGUGGUAAAGAGAUAUAAGGGAGAGUUUGAUGCAAGUUAUUUUCAUGCUGGAACUGUUACCAUGCCUCUCAGCUUUGGUGUUACCCCCCAUGGCUAUGCUUCCAAAUUUGAAAUCCACUUUGUUGACAAGUUUGAGGUAACCUUUGGGAGAGAAGGAGAGACAAUGAGUCUGGGUUGUACAGUUAUCAUUCAUCCCGACAUUAAGCGCUUCCACCCAGAGAUCCAGUGGUACAGGAAUGGUGUUCUUAUUACACCAUCCAAGUGGGUCCAGAUGCAUUGGAGUGGGGAGCGGGCUACGUUAACCCUUGCUCAUGCUAACAAGGAGGAUGAAGGUCUUUACACUCUUCGUGUGGUCAUGGGGGACUACUAUGAACAGUACAGUGGUUAUGUCUUUGUUCGAGAUGCAGAUGCUGAAAUGCCAGGAGCCCCAGCUUCUCCACUGGAUGUGGAGUGCUUGGAUGCUAACAAGGAUUAUGUCAUCAUCUCCUGGAAACAACCUGCUGUUGAUGGUGGAAGCCCCAUCCUUGGAUACUUUAUUGAUAAAUGUGAGGUUGGCACCACUCACUGGACCCAAUGCAAUGAGACUCCGGUGAAGUUUGCUCGUUUCCCUGUCACGGGUUUGAUAGAAGGUCGCUCCUAUAUAUUCCGAGUCCGGGCGGUGAAUAAAGCUGGAAUAAGCAUACCAUCACGGGUUUCUGAGCCUGUGGCGGCUCUGGAUCCCUCUGACAGAGCUAGGCUUAGAAGUCACCCUUCUGCUCCCUGGACAGGACAGAUUAUUGUCACUGAGGAAGAACCUGCAGAGGGUGUUGUUCCCGGCCCGCCAUCAGAUCUCCAUGUUAUUGAAGCCACCAAGAACUAUGUUGUGCUUAGCUGGAAACCCCCUGGAGAACGGGGUCAUGAGGGUGUCAUGUACUUUGUGGAAAAGUGUACUGCAGGCACAGAGAACUGGCAGAGAGUGAACACUGAGAUCCCUGUAAAGUCUCCUCGCUUUGCUGUUUUUGACUUGGCUGAAGGGAAAUCUUACCGUUUCCGUGUUCGCUGUUGUAAUUCAGCUGGCAUUGGUGAGCCCUCAGAAGCAACUGAAGCUACUGUGGUGGGUGACAAACUUGAUAUUCCCAAAGUCCCAGGCCGUAUUAUACCAACCAGGAAUACAGAUACCUCAGUGGUUGUCACUUGGACAGAAUCUAAAGAUGCCAAGGAGUUGGUUGGGUACUACGUAGAAGCAAGCAUAGCUGGAUCUGGCCAUUGGGAACCAAGCAAUAACAAUCCAGUGAAAGGCACAAGAUUCAUUUGCCAUGGACUCCUCACUGGUGAGAACUACAUUUUCCGAGUCAGAGCUGUUAAUGCAGCUGGACUCAGUGAAUAUUCACAGGAAUCAGAGGCUAUUGAAGUCAAAGCAGCCAUUGGGGGAGGAUUGCUUCAUGCUGCCCCAUCUCCACCUUAUGACAUCACUGUACUUGAAAGUGUUCGUGACUCAAUGGUGCUAGGAUGGAAACAGCCCAAAAUCAUUGGCGGAGCUGAAAUUACUGGCUACUAUGUGAACUAUCGUGAAGUGAUUGAUGGAGUUCCUGGAAAAUGGAACGAGGCCAACAUUAAACCAGUUAGUGAGAGGGCCUACAGGAUUCACAAUUUGAAGGAAAACAUGGUGUAUCAAUUCCAAGUGGCUGCUGCUAACCUAGCUGGGGUCGGCACACCCUCCCCACCUACUCGAUCCUUCAAAUGUGAAGAAUGGACCAUUGCUGUUCCAGGACCACCCCAUGAUCUCUUAUGCACUGAAGUUAGAAAAGACUCUUUGGUUUUACUGUGGAAACCACCAGUUUAUAUUGGCCGUAAUCCUGUAACUGGUUACUAUGUUGAUGUGAAGGAAACAGAAGCAACAGACGAACAUUGGAGGAGUGUCAAUGAGAAGCCAAUUGCAAAUAAAUUCUUAAAGGUCAGUGGCCUAAAGGAAGGUGUCAGCUAUCUAUUCCGGGUGCGAGCAACAAAUCAGGCUGGUGUCGGGAAACCUUCUGAUACCACUGACCCUGUCAUAGCAGAAACACGACCAGGAACUAAAGAAAUGGAAGUAGAUGUGGAUGAUAAUGGAGUCAUUUCCCUGAACUUUGAAUGUGACCAGAUGUCUCCAGACUCUAAGUUUGUCUGGUCCAAGAAUUAUGAACCAAUUGAGGAUGAAUCUCGAUUAGCCUUUGACGCCAAAGGUGGAAAGUCAAAAGCUGCUUUUAAAGAUCUUGGGGAAGAUGAUUUGGGCAUUUACUCUUGUGCUGUCACAGACACUGAUGGAGUUUCAUCAAGCUACACAGUAGAUGAGGAAGAGAUGAAACGCCUGCUCGCUCUCAGCCAUGAGCACAAAUUCCCAACUGUCCCACUUAAGUCUGAGCUGGCAGCUGAACUUCUGGAGAAGGGACAAGUGCGAUUCUGGCUGCAGGCUGAAAAGCUGUCUGGCAAUGCAAAGGUCAACUUUGUAUUUAAUGACAAGGAAAUUGUUAAUGGAGAGAAAUAUAAGAUGAAGGUGGACCAUAAUACUGGCCUUAUUGAAAUGAUCAUGGAUAAAAUUGAGGACAACGAUGAAGGGACUUAUACCUUCCAACUUCAGGAUGGAAAAGCAACAAACCAAUCCAGUCUUGUCCUUAUUGGUGAUGUGUUCAAGAAGCUACAGAACGAAGCAGACUUUCAGAGGCAAGAGUGGUUCAGGAAACAAGGUCCUCAUUUUGUUGAGUAUCUGGGAUGGGAAGUUACCGCUGAUUGCAAUGUGUUGUUGAAAUGCAAGGUGGCUAAUAUUAAGAAGGAAACGCACAUUGUUUGGUACAAAGAUGGGAGGGAGAUAAUGGUGGAUGAGGAGCAUGACUUUAAGGAUGGCGUAUGUACUCUGCUGAUAUCAGAGUUUUCCAAGAAAGAUGCUGGUAAUUAUGAAGUAAUACUGAAGGAUGACAGAGGAAAGGACAAAAGCAAACUGAAACUUGUGGAAGCAGCUUUUGCAGAUCUGAUGAAUGAAGUGUGCAGAAAGAUUGCUGUAUCUGCAACAGAACUGAAAAUCCAGAGCACAGCAGAGGGUAUCAGAUUAUUCUCUUUUGUUAAUUAUUACUUGGAAGAUCUGAUGGUGAGCUGGUUACACAAUGAUGCCAAGAUUAAAUAUACAGACAGAGUUAAGACUGGUGUUACUGGAGAGCAGAUCUGGUUACAGAUCAAUGAGCCAACUCCACAGGACAAGGGCAAAUAUAUAAUGGAGCUCUUUGAUGGUAAAACUACACAUACAAGGAAGCUGGAUCUUUCUGGACAAGCCUUUGAUGAAGCCUGUGUUGAAUUCCAAAGAUUAAAACAAGCUGCUGUUGCAGAAAGAAAUCGUGCCCGGAUACUUGGAGGUUUGCCCGACGUUGUCACAAUCCAGGAAGGCAAGGCGCUUAAUCUUACUUGCAAUGUCUGGGGAGAUCCUGUCCCAGAGGUCACGUGGCUGAAGAAUGAGAAACCGUUGACAGCAGAUGCCCACUGCAUCCUGAAAUAUGAAUCUGGAAAAAGCGCCAGCUUCACUAUGACUGGCGUUAACACAAUCGACUCUGGAAGAUACGGCAUUUUGGUGAAAAACAAAUACGGCACAGAAACAAGUGAUUUCACUGUGAUUGUGACUCCUGCGACGGCACAGAUUGGCAUGGUUAUGCAUGAUGCUGAUGUGCAGGGACCUAAUCUAAAUACAAUGACUAUAGCUAAAAGGAAAAAAGCAACUGCCACAAGUAAUUAUCACAAUGAAGGGGAGAAAGAAGAUUUUGUUAAGCCACAUGCAGAAGAGAUUAUUGCUACAGAAGAGACACCUGAUCCAAAUGAAAUCCUGAUUGUGGAAGAGGGAGAUGAUCGAGAUGGUAGCGGGCAAGCAGUAAAGGAGACUGAUGUGAAGUCAACAGUACCAGAAAUAAUUCUUCAUCCCACAGGAAGCUUGAUUAGACAGGGAGAGAAAUCAGAGGAAACAAACACCUGAAUAAAACUAUGAUGUCACUGUAUGGGUGUAACAAUGAUUUUAUUAUGAAAUAGAUAUCGAUCUUGUGUUGAACUUCCAUGGGGUUUAGCAUCUCCAUAAUAUGUUUAUAGAAAGACCUCCUAAUUCUGCUUAUUACCCUUGUAAUGGCUUCACACGCAAUGGGUUGUGGGUUUUUUUUAGUGUACAUUCAUAUCUUAACAUCAUUGAUUAAAUACAUUGCAGUUGCUUCUAAAUAUUCUUUAGAAUGUAUCUGGCUGGCCAGUGAUUCAGGCUUUGAUAAAAUACAAUGGCACAAUGACAGGCGUGAUUAGAAGAUCUUAUGAUAUAUCCUGUCAAGAAGCAUCAUAUGUACUACUCUGCAAAAGGCAUGCAUUGAUAUUGUAUAGGGCUAUGUAGAAGGGUUAGACCAAUGCAUACUAACCAUCAUGCUUUACAGCAUUGCAAUAUUCAUACAUAAGUCAGUGAUUCAAGUUUGUGCUAAGGAGUCUCAGAUCUUUGGCUACUUCGAUAUCUUUGCACAAAAAUGGCAGAAGUUGAAAAGUGGAUGCCUAGAAGCAAGGUGAAAAGAACAAUGAGUUCAAAAUGUCUUCUGUUGAUUUGUAACACAAGCUUAACCAUUUUUAACGUGUGUGUGUGUGUGUGUGUGUGUGUGUGUGUGUGUGUGUGUGUGUGUGUGGUUACUGGUAUUUGGAUAACUCAUACCUUUGAAUUUUGUACAUUUCUAUGGAAUGUUUUAAAAUUGAUUUUAAGACCCUCAAGGCCAAAUUCUACUUGCUUUACCUAGGGGAGAAGUCCUCUGGAUUUUCCUCUGAUAGUUCAGAGGAUUAUUGUCCAAUUAAAAGAAUUAGGCUCAUAACAUAUUUCCAGGGUAUAAAUUGACAAAUUUGGGAAUAUGGAAAAACAUAAAUACCAGCUAUUUUUAAUGAAAUUGUACAGAAAUAUAUUCAAGAAAGAAAAGUUUAAAAUGUUUAAAUCAUUUGCUGGUACUUUGAUGCUUCUUAUUGAACAGGGAUCCAGUGGCCCCAUGCAGCUCCCAUUAAAAACAAUGGAAAGACUCCCAGUGACUUAAAUGGUAGUUAAAUUGGGCCCUGUUUGGAGGCAAUGUGAGUAAGUUUUCACUCUGGCAAUGCUAACAACUUUCCUGUAAACAAGAUGGAUGUCACCAGACAAACCAGAGCUUGAACAACUUAGGAUGACCCAUACAAAGUGAUUCAUUCUGAGAGACAGCAAAUUGCCAGCAGAUGCUAAAUAACACACAGCAAAAUGUGGAUGAAGCAAGAAAUACAGAAAACAAAACAACCCCUAAGAAUGCAUACAUCUCAGACUGAGCUAUUGCUAAGACUGUUCCCACCAGCCACAGUUACUGUUUGACACAUGCGGCCUGGUUCACUACUGUAUUACUUCUGUUUUACAUCAUUGUAACUCCAUUCAAAUCAAUAGAAAACUGGAGUGGCACAUAGGCAAAUCAGGCUGACAAAUCAUAUAUGCUAAUGUACACUGGUUUGAUACAGAAACACUGAAGGGAGUGGUUCUACACUAUGAGAUGUUUUUAAUGGCAACUCAAAUGAUACAAACAUUGUUAGGCAUGUAUUGGCUUUUGACUGCAGCAGAAACAUGGUGACUAGUCUAGAGGAGAAAUAAUGACUAUAUCAUUGAGUGAGAGAGCAGCAGCUAGAGAAACUCUGCCCUUUCAAAAUGUCACUGCUAUGCAAAAAAUGGUAUUUGCUGCUUGUUUUGUAUGCUUCUUAACUCUUCUUUAUUGUGAUUAUUUGAAACUUGCAUAAUCUUAUCAAUCGUUCUUUAAAGCUCUUCAGAGCAGGGAAUUUGUCUUUGCCUGCAUCAAAGUACCACGAAUAUCUACGGUGCUAUAUAAGUGAUAAAUAUAACAAUGAUGCAGGUUUUUGCCAUUCAGUGCCUGAUCCAGCUCUUAUUCAAGUCAGUAGGGGCCUUUCCAUUGACUUGAAUGUUCUUACAAGGCCUGAUUUGAUGAUCAUUCUCAAGUAGCGGAAGCCUCAAAUUUAGGCUAUGGAUAUCAAUGACAGAAUUCUUUAUUAACUUAAAUUGAAGCAGGAUUGGGCCUGUAAACUUUGGUUUAAAACAAAAUAGAUUGUUGCUAUUUUUAUCAACGCCUACGCUGAAUAGAAAAUAAGAGUUUUUUUUGUUUUAGCACUGAAAAUAUAUCAGGAUUUCUGUUUUGUUUUGUUUUUAAUUCCUCUACAAAGCUCAGAACACAGACACAACAGUAUUCUGUUAGGGCAUACUCACUAACCGGUCUAGUGUCAUUAUCAGAGGUGAGUGAAAUGCAAAAGGUAAACAUACAGCAAAAAUGGUGAUAAUUAAAUAAAAUCUUUAAAAUUAUUAUUUUAGUUACUAACUUGGUGUCAUUCACAUAGGCAAGAAAGUGCUUUUAAAAAUAAAUUAUCUUUAUAUCUUGUUUCUGUAAAAUUGAUUGAAUGACCCUAAACUACUUACAAUAAAACUGAAAUAAAAGAACUGUUGAGUGUACUCUA